CCGGUGCCCAGCUUGGUCUAGGAGGCAUUGAAAUUCCGGGGCCGAAGUCCUGAGACAAAGAUCAUAAUGAGACAGGAAGGUGGCAUAGGAAGGAGCCCAUUUGCAUGACAAUAAUUGAGCCAAGAAUAGCAAGCUAGAGGGAUGCAAGGGUGAGGCUGGCAGCUGAGCUGGGCUAAACCUCACAAAUCAGUCCACCCAGCUCUGCUCUGCAGGGGAGGCGGAGGCUGAGCCCUGUGCCAGGCUUUUGGGAGGGAAAGAAAGACAAGGACACAGGCACCAGGGGAUUGUGGGAACUCUGGCCACGCUGGACUUUGCCUUCCUCCUCCUCCUCUGGCCGCGGAGGUGCCUUUGUUUGCUUUCUCCUCCGUGGACUUCGUGGCUGGAGGGCUAAGCGGACAGCAUGGCUGCUCAGAAAGGGCUCUGGGAUGCUAUCGUGAUCGGAGCAGGCGUCCAGGGCUGCUUCACCGCAUACCACCUGGCCAAACACUCGAAGAGGGUCCUCCUGCUGGAGCAGUUCUUUCUUCCGCAUUCCCGAGGAAGCUCACAUGGACAGAGUCGCAUAAUCAGAAAGGCUUAUCCGGAGGACUUCUAUACCAGGAUGAUGGAGGAAUGCUAUCAGACAUGGGCCCAGCUGGAGCACGAGACUGGAGCCCGACUGCACAGGCAGACUGAGCUCUUGUUGCUGGGAAUGAAGGGGAAUCCAGAAUUAAAGACAAUCCAGGCCACUCUGGCUAGGCAUGGGAUUGGCCAUGAGUGUCUUUCACCAGAGGAUUUAAAGCAACGUUUCCCAAACAUUCAGUUCACCAGGGGAGAAGUGGGCCUCUUGGACAAGACUGGAGGUGUCCUCUACGCAGACAAGGUUCUCAGAGCCCUUCAGCAUGUAAUUUGCCAGUUAGGAGGCACGGUGAAUGAUGGAGAGAAGGUAGUGGAGAUAAGACCUGGCCGACCUGUCACAGUGAAAACCACCUUGAAGAGCUAUCAAGCCAACAGCUUGGUCAUCACUGCUGGCCCCUGGACCAACCAGAUUCUCCGUCCUCUGGGAAUUGAGUUGCCUCUCCAGACCCUCAGGAUUAAUGUGUGUUACUGGCGAGAGAAGGUGCCUGGGAGCUAUAGCGUAUCACAGGCUUUCCCAUGUAUUCUGUGUCUGGACCUGGCCCCCCACCACAUCUACGGGCUUCCAGCAUCAGAGUACCCAGGGCUGAUGAAGAUCUGCUAUCACCAUGGUGACAGUGUGGACCCAGAGGAGCGGGACUGCCCUAUAACCUCAGACAUCCAAGAUGUUCACAUUCUACGCCACUUUGUCAGAGAUCACUUACCAGGUCUGCAGCCUGAGCCAGACAUCAUGGAGCGCUGCAUGUACACGAACACGCCUGAUAAGCACUUCAUUCUUGAUUGCCACCCGAACUAUGACAACAUUGUCAUCGGAGCUGGAUUCUCUGGGCAUGGAUUCAAGUUGGCCCCUGUUGUGGGGAAGAUCCUGUAUGAGCUCAGCAUGAAAUUAGCGCCAUCCUAUGACUUGACACCAUUUCGAAUGAGCCGCUUCUCUACACCGAGCAAAGCCCAACUUUGAUCACAGCUGACUCUCCUGGGGAGCAGAGUCUUCAUGGGGAAGACAUCGAGGAGAAGGAAGUAGCCUUGCCAUGUCUCCUGUCCUUCUGUUUCUAUGGAAUCUCCUAUAAACACCAAAUGAUUGACCCUCUCUUUCCCAGUCAUUCUCCCAAGUCUGUCUCCUUUCCCAUCCUUAGAAAGUCAGACAGAGAGCUGGAGAGAUGGCUCAGCCGUUAAAGGCUAGGCUCACAACCAAAAAUAUAAGAAAGUCAGACAGAGGCUCACCAUCACAGAACAGCAAGGAGCUUAAAGAUGGGCAUCUCUAUGGGGAGGGGCUCAAUAUGAGCUCAGUAGACUAAGGAGAUCCUUAAAUUUCUCUUUGCUGGGACAUUGGAUAAACUUGAGCAUGCUCUGACUAAAUCUGCCCAGAAGAGUGUAAAAAUGAAGAUCUUUUUUUUCUUUUUUGAUUUUUUAAGACAGGGUUUCUCUGUGUGUAGCUCUGGCUGUCCUAGAACUCGAUCUGUAGACCAGGCUGGCCUUGAGCUCACAGAGAUCCUCCUGCUUCUGCCUCCCAAGUGCUGAGAUUAAAGCCGUGUGCCGCUACCACCCAGCCAAAAAUGAUUAUCUUUUAUAAACUAUUAGUGCCUUUGGGGUUUCUUUGCUGAGAGCUUGAGCCAGUUGCCAUCACCAAUUCACAUAAAGUCUCACCUCUAGUAAAUAAACAUUUGCCAGGAAAAAAAGUUGUUAAAAAAAUAAAAAACUACAUUGAACAAUA